AUGAAACCGCAUCCACACCCUCCCGACUCGUCAUUUCCUUGCCUCGCAGUCGAACUCGUCGAGCUCAUCGCGGGCCAUUUAGAAUGCGAGGGCUUACUUGGACUGCGCUUGACAUGUCGCGAUCUGCAGAAGAAGACCUUCCACCAGUUUGCGCGCCGCUUCUUCUCAUCUAUCAAAACCGAUCUCUCCGAGGAAAGUCUCGGUCGCAUCGAUGCCCUCUCUCGCCAUGAAGAACUGCGCCCAUACGUCCACGGUCUAGCAUUUAUGCUUCAAAACGGCGUUGGUCGCGGGUUAGUCUGGGACCGACACCCCUGGGGUCCCUUGUCUGCGCCCUUGGAGAUCGAAGCGAUCGGUCGAUUACGCGAUAAUCUAGUCACCAAGUUCACGAAUUGCAGAUCGUUUUUCAUUUUCUGUCGAUACCCCGAGGGUCAUCCGGAUAUGAACUGUGUUACUAUCUCGGAUGCGGUCGCGGUGUUUUUUGCGUUGGUUGUUGAUGCCCAGUUGCCGGUGACGUCUUUCCAUUUGAUCUAUGCGAAUAAGUAUUCUCGCACGUUGGUCAUGGACAUGCGUCGUAUGCCGAAACUUUUGUAUCGACAGCCUGAGUUUAAGAUGGUUUGGUCGAAUUUGCGGAAAUUGUCCCUGGAGCAGUAUCUCACGCUCGAUAAUUUUGGAUUUCUUCUCGAACUUGUGCUGAGUGCUCCUAAUCUCCAGACUCUUUUGUUGAAUCUUGGCUCUCACGAUCUGGCAAGUGAAUUCAUGCAUGAAUUAGCGGAGACAGCUUCGUUCCCGAACUUGCAGGAACUGGCCUUAUUCAGGACUUCAGUUCAAGUUCCGGACUUAAAGAAGCUUCUUCACGGUCUGCGCGGGAAUCUAACAACUCUCACACUCUAUCAUGUGUCUUUGACGCCAGAUGAAGACUGGAUGUCUGUUCUGAAAGAGCUGAGUCAGAGCUUCGAGUCUUUACAGAGCAUUUCACUGUAUUAUUUGUGGGCUACUGCGCCGACGAAAGAGUUGCUUUCGUUUCCAGAUAUUCAUAAAGCGCCUGAGUUGUGUGAUACACCUAAGCAGAAACUGCAUAUGCUUUACUCGGAGAAUCUGCAGAGUCCUACUGUGCUUGGGAUUGAAUACUCUGGUUCGAAGAUGGAGCAUGUUUUGAGGUUGUUACAAGCUGCAGGUUAA